AUGUCGGGUUUUUCCUUUGGAUCCUCCUCCUUUUCUUCCUCCCAAUCUUCAUCUCUAUUUUGGUUCACUAACACUUCAUCCUCUUCUGCUUCACCUUUCUCAUUCGGUUCCUCUCCUUUCCCUUUCGGGCAAACCGCAGCCUCCACUGGAUUUUCGUUGGGAUCAUCCCCUUCCCUUUUCGCCUCCUCCUUCUCCUCCUCAAACCUUACUUCUUCUUCUUCCGCACCUUAUCUCUCUUUCGCAUUCAACUCCGCCCCUUCCUCUGCUCCUUCUUCAUCUUCGUCUCUUUUCUCCACUUCAACCCCUGCCUCUGCUUCGGCUCCGUCUCUCGGGUUCGGAUCUACGCCUUCAACUUCUGCUGCUGCUUCUUCUUCUUCGGCGCCUUCAUUGUUCAGUUUUAGUUCGGCAGCACCCAGCUCAUCGAGUUCUACUUCAUUGCUAUUUGGGCAAUCUUCUGCUGCUCCAUCUUCUUCUCCUUCCGUAUUCGGGGCAAGUUCCGGAUCGUCCCUUUUCGGGUCAGGUCCAUCAGCAGCUUCCGGGUCGUCUCUUUCUGGUUCGUCGGCGCCAUCUUUGUUUGGGUCAUCUGCAUCAUCUUCGAAUGCUACCUCAUCCUUAUUCGCUUCACCUUCAUCUGCAGGAGCCAGUUCAGGUUCCUCGCUGUUUGGGGCAUCUUCGGCUCCAAGUUCUAGUACCACCUUGUUAAGAGGGACGACUGCUGGAGCGGCGCCGUUUGGGGCACCAGCUACCAGCGCAAGUGCGGGGUCAUCUGCGUCCAUCGCAGCUGCUGGGUCUUCUCUGUUCGCAGCUUCUUCAGCUUCUUCUUCAUCCACAGCUGUUCCAGCGCCUAGUUCUACAACCCAAUCUACUUCUGCGCCUAUAUUUAGUGUGACUUCUUCUGCAAGUACAGCUACUACAGGAAUUGCUGCCGCUUCUGCUGCCUCUUCAGGUAGUGGAGGAUCUUUUACAGGUUUCAGUCUCACUAGCAGUACUGCUGCUUCUGGAGGUGCAAGUUCUACUUCUGGCUUCUCUUUCUCAACUAAGCCAUCGACUUCUGCCUCAUCAACACCUGCAGUGUCAAGCAGCACUGCACCUGCAUUUGGUUUCAGAGUCGUCUCUUCGGCCAUGGCUCCGGAGACACGAUCCUCUGACUGUUUUGCUGAGCUGCAAGAGCAAUUGGACCUCCAGAAAGCUUCCAUUGCUUCGGUCACCUCUCGAUUAGACCAUCAAUCACAAGCGAUUGAUGAUCUUAGGUCUUCCACUGCCAAGUUCGAUGACUCCCUGAAAGAUAUCCUUAACAAGGUUUCCUCGUUUUUUGCUGAUCAAGGUAAGCAACCACUUGUUGCUUUAGGGGAGGGUGGCCCGUCUUCUUUGUCACCGCCUCGAAUCCCAAACUCUGGGUCUCUACAUGAGGUCCUCAAUCCUCCCCAACAUUACAUAGUACCGACGAAACAAAGCAGAGUUGAAUUUCCUAAGUUCGAUGGUUCAGACUUUAGAGGUUGGGCCUAUCGGUGCCAGCAGUUUUUCGAGGUUGAUGGUACACCACCCGACCAUCGUAUUCGUUUGCUUAGCAUUCACUUGGAGGGUCACGCAUUGCGAUGGCACCAAACCUUUAUGCGCCACAAAUCCUUCUCCGACAUCACUUGGUUCGAUUACUUUCGGGAAAUGGAAAAGAAGUUUGCGGAUAUUCGUGAAGAGAAUCCAAUGAUUGCUCUUAAGGAAUUACAACAACUGGACGGCUCUGUCAUUGAAUAUGAACAGAAGUUUGAUGAGUUGCUCUCGAAGGUUGACAUACCUGAUGAAGUUGCUAUGAGCUUGUUUAUUGGCGGAUUGCGAGCGGACAUUCAAAGGUGUGUCCUUAAUUUCAAUCCAUCCUCCCUUGCGAGUGCAAUGCACAGUGCUCGGAUGCAGGAGUUGACGAUUCGGGCAUUACAUGACAACACCCCUGCGUUUGGCCGGCGAAUGACCCAAAUAGCAUUGAGAGGGAUGGAUUCUAGUGGGCUCAGGUCAACUGUUGAAUUGGGCUCUAUUUCAUGCUCAAAGAUGGAUUUUCCCUCACCAUCUAAGCCUAAGUCACAAGACCAAUAUUUGGCGGCCAACUCGUCAAACUCUGUUUUGGCGUCUUCCCCUAGGAUUUUGAGUAGUCCAACAAAACCGUCCCGCCAGCUUUCAAAGAAGGAGAUGGAUGAGCGACGUAGGAAGGGCCUUUGCUUUUGGUGCCUUGGAAAAUAUACUAGCAGCCAUUGCUGCAAAGAUUCCCAUCUCUUUAGGUUGGUGAUCGAUGAUGAUGAAGAGAGCUUUGAGGAGGCUCUGGAAGAAGUUCCUGUGGAGAACGAGGGAACAAUUAAUGCGAAUGAAGGCUAGGAGGAUACUUCGACCAUGAAGCUAGUAGGGCGCAUUAAAAAUUAGAGCGUCAUUAUCUUAAUAGACACAAGGAGCACCCACAACGUGCUUGAUGCCUCUACUGCUAGGUGACUUCAGUUGAGAGCUCGAGAGAGAAAGAAACAUGUCGGAGAGACUCUUUCUUUAACACUCACAUAAUAUUCACAACAAGAUAUGGACCAUGCAAAAGUUAUCUAAUGCUAACCACCGCACCUAGAAUACACUACUCGUCACUUCUAGGCAAACAUAGUGUUGUUUUCAUAAUUUGUCUUGUGUUGUUAUAGUGUAACUCUCAAAUAUUAAUCUUUCAACUCUUAGGUCCUGUUU